UUUUUACUACAUAGAGUGCUUGUAUUUCGGUUAAAAGGUGAUGCACGCGCUAUGUGUUGCAGAUGUCUGAGGCUAAGGCGCCCGUAAGUGACCCGUCCGCGCAACAGCACCAGCCGCCGCCGCCGCUGCUCCACCCGCUCUCCCAGCCCACCAGGUGCGAGCCCCCGGUCCCUCUGCACCAGGCGCACCAUCCGCACCAGCCGCACCCGCAGCCCACCACAUGCGUGCCGCCGCUGCCGCCUCCUCACGCACACAACCACGCCCCUGCCCCGCACCACCCGCACUGACAACAGCUAUUUCCUGAAUGAGCCCAUAUACUUUAAUUUCCGGAAAGGUUCUUCAAAAACAUCGGUAAAAUAACUGACAAUAUAAAAAUAUGUAUCCAACAAUUGCUGCAUUUGUAUUUUACUAAAAUUGUAUGAAACGAAUGAAAAUAAACUAUUAAUAAAUUGG